AUGUGCAACUCCGGAGAGAGCUGUGCGAAAUUGGACGCUCUCAAGCACCAUCAUAUUGUGUGUAUGGACCAGCUCGGUCUUGUUUCGGGAUUGAAGCACAGGAGAAUCGCAUCUACACAGCUCAAACAGGAAGAGUUUAUCCCACCUUGGGUCGCAUCCUACCACGCACUCUACCGCAAUGCGGCCAAAAUGGCGCUUCUACUUCAAGCUGACUUGGCGCUGCGCUACUACCGUGACUCGUGGGGGCUGGUAGACAUCUCAUACCUCAAAGAUGAUUCCCAAUUUCCCAAGGCUCAACUUGUAGAUGUCGAAAGCGGAACGGAAGACUUGGUUCCAAUUUACAUCGCACCCUUGAGUGACCUGCGUUACGCGUAUCUUGGAGCUAUGUCUCGAAAGCUGAAACAUGACGAGCGCUCUCCUUCGCCCGAGUACAUCAACUACAUCAAUAGGACGGGGCAGGUAAAUGAUAUUGUCAGACCUCAAAUGCUUGCAACGGAGUUGCUAUCUUUAUUAUCAGAGAUCUACAGUGCUACAAUGGUCAAGAUGGAAUCCCACAGACUGGCUAUCAUGGAGUUUUCUCAAAAUCUGAGAUGGAUUGAUUGA